UAACAAAUGAUCGCUGGAUAAUCACUCUCAUCAAAAUUUUAAUUUUAUUAUUUUGUUGUGGGUGGCCGUACCUCCAGUUUUCAUUGCUUAGCUGUUGAUUUUUGUCCAGACUUCGCAGUACAAUUUGAUAUUCGCCGAGAGCGUAUAUUAAUUUGUCCUUUUUGGUUGCCUAUAACGUGGACAUCCCUACUUUCCUUAAUGGCACCACAAGAUACUGCUUCUGGUGUUGAAAUACCCCAGAGAACUUCUGGUCUACUGCGGGAUCAGGUUCAGCUAAUAAAAAGAAAGGAUUCUGAUCGCUAUGAAAUUGUCUCCAUCCCAGAUUCUCUCUCAUUUGAGAAAGGCUUCUUCAUAGUUAUUCGUGCAUGCCAAUUGCUGGCUCAAAAGAAUGAUGGGAUAAUAUUAGUAGGAGUCGCUGGACCCUCUGGAGCUGGGAAGACUGUUUUCACUGAGAAGGUCCUCAGCUUCAUGCCAAGCGUUGCUGUCAUAACAAUGGACGACUAUAAUGAUUCUAGUCGAAUCAUAGAUGGCAACUUUGAUGACCCUCGGCUGACAGAUUAUGAUACAUUGCUCGAAAAUAUACGGGGUCUCAAAGCUGGCAAGCCAGUUCAGGUUCCAAUAUAUGAUUUCAAGUCUAGCUCUCGCAUAGGCUACAGGACGGUUGAAGUCCCUAGCUCCCGUAUCGUCAUAAUAGAAGGCAUCUAUGCCUUGAGUGAAAAGUUACGUCCUUUGCUGGAUCUUCGGGUGUCUGUCACUGGAGGAGUACACUUCGACCUUGUCAAGCGGGUCUUGCGGGAUAUUCAACGUGCUGGUCAAGAGCCUGAAGAAAUAAUUCAACAAAUUUCUGAAACGGUAUACCCGAUGUAUAAAGCCUUUAUUGAGCCAGAUCUCCAAACAGCACAUAUUAAAAUCAUAAACAAGUUUAAUCCAUUCUCUGGAUUCCAGAAUCCCACCUACAUAUUGAAGUCAGCAAAGGCUGUGACAGAGGAUCAAAUCAAAGCCGUUAUUGCUGCAGAGCAUACUGAAACCAGGGAGGAAACGUAUGACAUAUAUCUUCUACCACCUGGGGAAGAUCCUGAAGCAUGUCAAUCAUACUUGAGGAUGAGAAACCGGGAUGGAAAGUACAAUCUUAUGUUUGAGGAAUGGGUUACAGACAGUCCAUUCAUAAUAUCUCCUAGAAUUACUUUUGAGGUUAGUGUACGCCUUCUGGGAGGGCUGAUGGCCUUGGGGUACACAAUUGCGGCUAUCCUGAAAAGAAACAGCCAUAUCUUUCAUGAUGACAAAGUCUCCAUAAAAACUGAUUGGUUGGAACAACUAAAUCGCCUAUAUGUUCAGGUGCAAGGGAGAGAUAGAAACUAUGUUAAAUCUGUGGCUGAGAAGCUGGAGUUGGAUGGUUCUUAUGUUCCUCGCACCUACAUUGAACAAAUUCAGCUGGAGAAGCUUAUAAAUGAUGUGAUGGCAUUGCCAGAUGAUCUGAAGACCAAACUCAGUCUAGACGAUGAUGUGGUUUUGAGCCCCAAAGAAGCCCUUUCCAGAGCUUCUGCAGAUAGGAGAAUGAAGUACCUAAAUCGCAAUUUCUCCCACUCAUUUUCAAGUCAAAGAGACAAGAGUCUAUCUAAGUUGACUAGAUUAGCUAUAAAUAACCGAAGAUUUGAUGGACGUGCUCUAGAAUCACCUGCAGCAAUCGCAAACCAAGGAGUCAUUACACAACUUUCUGAUCAAAUUUCUACGUUAAAUGAGAGAAUGGAUGAGUUCACAUCCCGUAUUGAAGAGCUGAAUUCUAAAUUUGCAAACAGAAAAGUAUCCGCCAGUCAGCAGAACUUGGCUUUACAGGCUGAAGCUUGCAAUGGCUCGGGACCCACUUCCCUCUUCCUUACUGGGUUGGGUAAUGGUUCGUUGCUGCCUAAUUCUUCAUCAUCUUCCCAACUGGCGAGGGAGUCCCCACUGAUGGAAGAGGUUGUACUUAUUGCACGAGGACAACGUCAAAUCAUGCAUCAACUAGAUAGUCUGAGCAAUCUUUUGCAUGAAUAUUGCGGAGAAAGAGCACGUCUAGGAAGGGUAAACCAAGCAAGUAGGAUGCCUGAUGUUGACUUCGCCAUCCCGCUUUUUCUGACCGUGGCAAUUGGAGCUGCUGGCGUCUUUUUGUUCAAGGGCUUUACAUCCCAUAAAUAACAUGUCCUUCUGCGAAACAAUUUGUGAACACCAUCGCCCUUUCCUGGAGUUUUGCUGGACAAUUGACCGGACAUUAGUGACAAGAGGCAAACAUUAAUUCCAACCUUAUAUGAAGUAAUAUCGGAUGGCCAAUGGCCAGUAGAAUUUGAAUGAUGUGUGCUUUUCCAAUACAAGCAUAUGUACAUCUGCUUUCCCGUCCCACCAUACCAAUAUCCUUGGUGGGAAUGCUGAGCUGACUAUAACUUGUAGCCUUUUGUUGUUAUUAUAUAUCAUGCAGAUUGGAAAGGCCAUCGGAUGUAAUGGAAAGCAGCUUGAUUUCUCUGGCUU